AAGGGAGUCAUGGUGCAAGAGCAGCUCAUGCCCACUGUGCUCCAUUUCUUAUCGUUGAGUGGCGACGCACGAAGCCACGUAGGAGAAGCAGCCCCGGUCCAAGCUCCCACGAAAAAAUCCUCUCACCUUCCCUGUCUAUUUAAGCCCCCUCGCCCCGGCUCUCCACCCUGCUGCGGCCACGCUGACCGCAGUAGCCCAACCACCCAGCCACCCGCGGAAAGCGAUAAGGAGCGCGAGGCUCCCAGACCUCCGCGCCUCCUCAUCAUUCGGUGUGCAUAAAUGGCAGCUUCAUCUACAUGCCUUGGUUCAAAUAGGAUGGUAAAGUGCUGCAGGAAAUUGAGUUUGACAGAAGAAAUCCAUGGAAAGCAUCUGACUGAUUCAACAAGCCUUCCUCCUUUAACUUUACCAUCAAGGCCAGUCUAUGUAACUGCUUCUUUGGUGCAGAAGCAGCAUGAAGGAAAAAGAAGAUUUCUAAAACUGCUAUUUGGAAAUGUUGGACUAGGCUUGCCUGCUUUAGUUGGUACGCGCAAUGCUUAUGCUGAUGAUCAAGGUGUAUCAUCUUCACGAAUGUCAUACUCAAGGUUUUUGGAGUAUCUGGACAAGGAUAGGGUGAAGAAAGUGGAUUUGUUUGAGAAUGGAACUGUAGCAAUCAUUGAAGCUGUUUCUCCCGAGCUGGGUAAUCGGGUACAGAGAGUACGUGUGCAACUCCCAGGGCUAAGUCAGGAGCUUCUUCAGAAGUUAAGAGCAAAAAAUAUUGAUUUUGCAGCACAUGAUGCUCAGGAAGACUCUGGCUCUCUUUUGUUCAACUUGAUUGGAAACUUAGCUUUUCCUCUAAUCCUUAUCGGAGGUUUGUUUCUUUUGUCAAGAAGGUCAUCUGGUGGAAUUGGUGGGCCUGGGGGCCCUGGCUUCCCGCUUGCCUUCGGUCAGUCUAGGGCCAAGUUUCAAAUGGAACCCAAUACUGGUGUCACAUUCGAUGAUGUUGCUGGAGUAGAUGAAGCCAAACAGGAUUUUAUGGAGGUGGUGGAGUUUUUGAAGAAACCUGAAAGAUUUACUGCAGUAGGUGCUCGUAUUCCUAAAGGUGUUCUUCUUGUUGGUCCUCCGGGAACUGGGAAGACUUUGCUUGCUAAGGCAAUUGCAGGAGAAGCAGGUGUUCCAUUUUUCUCAAUUUCAGGGUCUGAGUUUGUAGAGAUGUUUGUUGGAGUUGGUGCUUCGCGAGUUCGUGAUCUUUUCAAGAAGGCCAAAGAGAAUGCUCCAUGCAUUGUGUUUGUUGAUGAAAUUGAUGCUGUUGGAAGGCAAAGAGGAACAGGUAUUGGAGGAGGAAAUGAUGAAAGAGAACAAACUCUUAAUCAGCUUUUGACAGAGAUGGAUGGUUUUGAAGGAAAUACUGGUAUUAUAGUAAUUGCAGCCACAAACCGUGCAGACAUUCUAGAUUCCGCUUUGCUGAGGCCCGGACGCUUUGACAGACAGGUAACAGUUGAUGUUCCUGACGUACGUGGACGUACAGAGAUACUGAAGGUUCAUGCUAGCGAUAAAAAAUUUGAUGGUGAUGUUUCCCUUGAUGUUAUAGCAAUGAGGACACCUGGUUUUAGUGGAGCAGACCUCGCAAAUCUUUUAAAUGAAGCAGCCAUACUGGCUGGUCGUCGUGGGAAGACAGCAAUUUCAUCGAAAGAGGUAGAUGAUUCCAUUGACAGAAUUGUGGCUGGUAUGGAAGGAGCAGUAAUGACAGAUGGGAAAAGCAAAAGCCUGGUAGCAUAUCAUGAAGUUGGACAUGCGAUUUGUGGAACGCUGACUCCAGGACACGACCCUGUCCAAAAGGUCACUUUAAUACCACGUGGCCAAGCACGUGGACUCACUUGGUUCAUUCCUGCUGAUGAUCCAACUCUGAUCUCUAAGCAGCAGCUUUUUGCAAGAAUUGUUGGUGGUCUUGGUGGCAGAGCUGCUGAGGAGGUUAUCUUUGGGGAGCCUGAGGUGACUACCGGUGCUGCUGGUGACUUGCAGCAGAUCACUAGCUUAGCCAAACAGAUGGUGGUCACUUUUGGCAUGUCUGACCUUGGCCCAUGGUCUCUUAUGGACUCAUCAGCACAGAGUGCAGAUGUUAUCAUGAGAAUGAUGGCAAGGAAUUCAAUGUCAGAGAAACUUGCCGAGGACAUUGAUGCUGCUGUGAAGAGGAUCUCAGACAGUGCAUAUGAGAUUGCAUUGGGUCACAUCAGAAACAACCGAGAAGCCAUUGAUAAGAUUGUUGAAGUGCUGCUUGAGAAGGAGACAAUGACUGGUGUUGAAUUUCGAGAUAUUCUUUCAGAGUUCGUGGAGAUCCCUUUAGAGAACAGGGUUCCUCCAUCCACACCAGCAGCUGUACCUGUGUAAUUUGCUCCAUUGAGACAUUUUUCUUUUAGACAGAACAGUGUCUCAAUGCACAAAAUUUCAUUUCUUGUAUCACUUAUUCAUCCCUUAAUGAGAGGGCAACUAUCGUACAAUCUUUAUAGUCUACUGUUGGUUCAAGGUAAUUGUAAUUAUACUUUUUUAUAUCUUUUUAACUAUAAGUCAAAUGAUUUGCAAGUAAAUGAUUCAAUGAAUUGAUCAGGAAA